AUGUCAGUCCCGCUGUCGACCCACAUCUACUUUGCACUCCUGCUCCCCUGGCUCGUAAUCCGGCGCACCAUCAAGUACCACGUCCACGGCCCACCGCACCCCGCCUGGGGUCUCGACCUCGACCUCGUCUGCUCCUCCGCGCGGCUCUACUUCUCCCUCGCCCAGCGACACAUGCGCGAGGUCAUCCUCGAGGCCGACGUCCAGGCCCCGCCCGCGCCGGACGACAGCACGCCGCAGUUCAUCGAGGACGCGUGGCGGCUGAAGCGACGGGCGCACCAGUUCGCGGGCGUGGGGACGCGUGUGGAGCCGGUGAGGCUGAGGGGCGUCGCGGACGAGUGGAGGCGCGGCGUCGCUCUGGUGGGCGCGCCAGCUGUGCGCGCGGUGGACGUGCCCGGGUUUUGGGUCGUGGGGGCGGAGAGCGACGUCCAGCCGGAAGGCCCUGCGCGGAACGGAGAGAGGGUAAUCAUGUAUCUUCCCGGAGGUGGUAUCCACCCGAUGACUAGCCCGGUCUCCUAUGGCCUCGCCCUCGCCACGGACCUCCGCGUGUUGGCAGUGACCUAUCGGUCCGCCAAGUCCGCCUCUUCCGCAUUCCCCGCCCAGCUGCUCGAUGCGCUUGCGGGGUAUGUGCACCUCGUCUCCCUGGGCUUCCGACCGUCGGACAUCAUCCUCGUCGGCGAGAGUGCGGGUGCCUUCGCGAUCCUCGCGCUCAUGCGCUACCUCGGCGAGCUGCGCGCAGAUGCGUCAUCAACGGUGCGGCCGGGUAUGGUCGGUGCUGUCGCCAUCGUCUCAGUGCCUGAGGACCCACAGCCCGCAUGCAACCUCGCGCGAUUCGACCACCCGGAGAUCGAGACGGACUACCGGCUCCCGCACUACAGGAAACGCGUCGUGCCCGCGCUCGCGCGGCACUUCGCCCUCGAGCGCCUGCACGAGUCGCUCUACUUCUGCCCUGCGCUCGCGCGCCCGGAGCAGCACGCCUUCGCGCACCUCCUCACCCCGGACGCCGCCCACAAUGGCACUGGGACCUGCGGGAAGGUCGCGGGCGGCGAGGAAGAGGGCGAGGACGCGGGGCCGGUGGAGGUGUGGGUCCAGUUCGGCGACUGCGAGCUGUUCGCGGACGACAUGCGCCGGCUCGUGGAGGCGAUGCGUGCGGAGGGCGUGCGCGUGCGGAGCGACGAGGUGUGGGGCGGGCUCCAUGCGGAUGCGGUGAUUAGACGGUCGGCGAGGCUCGCGCGGGCGGGGGUGCGGGAGGCUGUUCGGCGGAAGGUAUGUCCGUGGAGGAGGAACAGCGGCGUGCAGUUGGGGAAGGAGGAUGAGGAUGAGAAUGGGAGUUGGGGCCUGCUGGUGAAGGUGGUGAAGGAGAUGGCGAGGAUGCAGCCUGAGGCCUGA